CCCCAACAACCAAUUUCACAGGAUCAAACAGACUAUCAACAACAACAACAAUUACCGCAAGAUUAUCGUGGCGCCAGUCCCGGCAUAAUAACAUUGCGUAAAGAGGCACCGGUUUCACAAGUGCCUGCUCCUGUUUAUACUUCACAGCCAGCAGCCGUAAGCUUUGGAGGAGGCAGCAACAUGCGUGGAGAUUUGAAAUGGCCACCACCAGAAUACAAAGAGGCCGCAGCACGUGAAAAUGAAGAACGUCGUGCACUUGCACUUGGCCCAGUUUGCAGACCAAGGAGAAUUAAUCGCGAUUACACAUCGUUCUUUCAAAAGAAUGCAUUGAACUGCUACUAUCCUGGCUACAAAGUGCCACCAGGUACACAACAUAUGUUCGCUUAAAUGGAAAAUGGAUGUGAAGUCACGAAUUUGGAACAUUGAACACGGAACAUUAAUAAUGGAAUAUUGAAAAUGAAACAAUGAAUUGUGAACUCAAGUUUGCGUUAUGGAACAGCUUCCAACAUAAAUUUAAUUUAAAUUGAAUGUGAAAAAAAUAUAAAACGAAAUUUUGACUUAUUACUUUUUGAAAAUAUUCAUAUAAGAAUUUUUAUAACGAUUAAAUCAAGUACUAACAUUUUAGCUAAGCAAAAUGAAAGUUUUUCUAAAUGGAAUUACUAACAUUUGUACUAACCGAAUUUAGCAUAAAAAAUGUAAAAAAAAAAA